AUGGCUGUCGGUGUGGCUGGAAAUCUUCUCAUUGUGUGGAUUAUCAAAAGUUCUUCAAGACUGAAAGCUAGAAGCCAUAUUUUGAUAGCUAACCUCGCCGUCGCGGACACACUUCAGAGCUGCAACAUAUUCUUUAUGCUUGUUACCGCUAUAAAUGGAGGGUACUGGAUGUUUGGCGAAACUAUUUGUCAAAUCACAGCUUUCUUGACUGUGGAGUUUGUGCUCGCAUCUAUGCUCAGCUUAACAACCAUCAGCAUUAAUCGAUAUUUCAAGGUUAUGCAUGAGGAAAAAUACGACAAGAUAUUCACUGCCAAGUCUAUUAUGAUUAUUAUUUCGUUCAUUUGGACACUGCCUUUGAUGUACGCUGUACCACCUUUGGUAGGCUGGUCGAGUUAUGCUUUCGAUCCUGGCAAAUGCCUUUGCUUGUUUCGAUUUCGCACGAAGAGUUCGUACGCAUUUUUCCUAGUUGGUACAAUGACCAUUCCAGCUCUGGUAAUUAUCUGUUUCGCUUAUUUCCGUGUUUUUCAAGUCGUGAAACUGCACAGAAACAGAGUUUGGAGUCUGCAUUUUCAUCAAGAACGAAAUAAACUGAGUUCAGAUGAAUAUAAGAUAACUUCUGCUGUUAUAUUAGUGGUUGUAUCGUAUAUAAUUUGCUUUGUUCCUGCUUCUGUUGUCAACUUCAUCGAGAUUUUAAACUCCGAUUUUGAAUUUCCUUUGUGGCUAGACUUCUCAUCUUUUGUAUUGAUUUUCGUAAGUCAUGCAAGCAACCCUCUCAUUUACGGCUUCAUGAAUAGGCAGUACAGAGUGUCUUUUUUGGAAUUACUACAGAAAGGGUCUCAAACAAAGAGAACCCGGAAGAAUAAGAGCAAGAGGGGAGAUCUGCAUUUACAAAAACACUCUCCAGACCCGAUAAUGACAUCUCAAGCUUUGAGAGGACUAGAUGAAAAUAAUGCAAGUUGCUCAAAGAACUGUUCGACCAGGUAG